CGGCUCUUUAGUCGACCGCGUAUUAACGUGUUGUGUAUUUCAUCAUUGUUAGUUUGUUGUGUUUCUCGUCUUGACAUUCUUGUGUUUUUUCCUAUCAUAUUAUGUUCAUUAACUACGAUUAAUUGUGAUUAAAAUGUGUUUUGUGACAUAAUUUAUACUGUGGAUGAUACGGCAUAAUAUAAUUUUGACUAGGAUUAAUAAUUGUGACGAAAUGUGAUAAAUAUCCGUAAAUUAUAAUGAAAUGAGUAUCCGUGAUGACCACGAGGAUAUCGACCGUAUACAGUUAACGCCGAUAAACGAAAAACGAACGGGUGAUUUUCGAAAUGUUUGUCAAACGAAGUCCGAGUCAAGAUGCGAAGAGAAUUUCUGCGAAAACUUGGUGGUCAGUUCGAGUACGCUGGAAACACAAGGCGAAUCGCCUAAAUGCAUUUAUCACUUAAUGUCACCAACCGUGCAAGCCAAGACACCUGUAGACCCAAGAUUUUCUUCUGAAAAACCGCCGAGAGUUCGAAUGAUAUUACCCGAGCUUAAUAGAGUUCUAUGCAGCAAUCGCGUAAGCCAAAUGACAAAAACCUACAAUGAUAUUGAAGCAGUUACCCAACUAUUAGCUGAAAAAGAAAAAGAUUUAGAAUUAACAGCUCGUAUAGGUAAAGAACUAUUGACCGGCAACCAAACACUUGAAGCCAGAAUAGGAUUGCUUGAAACCGAAUUGAAAACUGUCAAUGAGCGUUAUACACAAGCAUCAUAUGAACUACAAAAGAAAAAUGACCUCAUUAAAAUACUCAGUAACGAUGCUGACGACACUGGCUAUGAAGCAAAUGAUGACGAAGUUGAAAAUGAAAAGUAUUAUGGAGUUAGUGUUAGUUAUUUGCAAUCACGCCUCAGAAACCUUGAAGAUGAGAACCGCAGUUUACGUGGUGAGGCCAACCGACUUGCAAUGCAAACCGACGAGGUAGAAGCUAAAGAAGCACAAUUGAUGUCUGAUUUUGCUUCUCAACUCAGUGUCACAAGAUCUGACUUAUCUGUCAUCAUGGAACAGGCAGAUAAACAUAGAGAAGAAAAUGUGACAUUACACAACAACUGCGAGUUCUUACGUUCAAAAUUGAGCAGUAUUGAGGCAUCAUUAAAAAUUAAAACUGAUGAAAAUGAAGAACUUAUGGCAAUGUUGAUGUUGGCAAGGGAUACACAAAAUGAGUUAGCAUCUGAAAUAGUAGAAAUAAAAAAGCAGUAUGAAGAAGCUCUUACAAUGCUCCAUGAAUGCCAGACUGAACUCAAAGGGUAUAGGGAUAAACAUAUACCCCUGGCUAGAGCUGGUCCUCUGUUUACAUCUCUUCCCCCAUACUUAAAUUCAAAUGGGAUGCAUAGUCAUGGGCAUAGUUCAUUGGAAAGUUCAUUAUUUUCUGAACUUAGUCUGGAUUCAGGAAUAUGUACAGGAAGAAUGUCUGGUGCAAGUAGUUAUAAAAAAUCUAUUGGAAUGAUGAAAUUGACUUCUGGUUUGGAAUCAAGCACCAGAAAUUUAUCCAGACUAACAGCUUAUAAUGAUCUUACUGAGGAAUCUCUCACCCAAAGUGAUUGUGAGGAUUUCUCAGAUACAGAUUCAUUUAUAAUUGAACAACCAGGUAUACCUGGUGCCCCUGGAUCAGAAGAUUUGGCUAAUGCCUUGAAACGUCUAACCCCUGCAUCGAUUAAAGCUCGACGUGCGGCGUUAGGAUCUGGUUUCAUGUUUGCUGAUCCUUAUGACUCAGCUGAUAUAAGAACUCCUGAUUCAAUUAUGUCUACUGGUAGCAUAAGUUUAUCUACUUGGAAAACACCAAAUAAACUACAAUUGGUUAAGCCCAUGCAAGGUUCAUUUACGCUACAACAGUGGAAUGCACAAUCUGUGCCAUCCCUCAGCUCUAUAUUAGAAGAACAACCUCAAGGUGUAAUUAAGAAAAGUGAUUCUACUGCUCCCAUAGCAGGUCUUCCUCAAACAUUUAGACUAGAUGAAAUUGAAGAAGACGAACCUAGAUCACAUCCUGGAAAAAUGUUUCAAAUGUCAACUCACAUCACUACUAUAACUAAUUCUACGGUUAUGCAUCCAGAUGAUGGUACUAAUAUAACAAAUAGUGUUAAUGGUAGCACCAUGUCAACCGCAGUCAAUAGCCGUGUCAACAGUCGAUUGCCUACCAGAGAAACAACACCUAUGUUGUCUAGGAGAAAUUCAACUACAACAUUUUCCUCCAGUUGUGGAUUAGCUGCCAUGUUGAAUGAAAGGGGCAUAAGAGCAAUUACACCAUCAGCCUUAGCAACUCCAAUGUUUUCUACAACAGCUACACCUUGUAAUAGUCCAUAUGGAUCGCCUAGUGGUUCUCCUGAUCGUUCUCGUUCACCUUCACCAUCGGAUUCUCCUUAUUCACAUCCAUUUGGAUUACCUGGAUAUUUAAUGCACAGUGGUGCCAAAUUGUUGAGAAAGACUUUAACAGGUACAGAAAGAGCUACUGAACACAAGUCUCGUAAAUCAAAAUCACUUGUCAGACCAGACAAAAAGACAUUGGCUGGUAUACGACUCGUAGAGACUAUGAAACAUUAUGUGCCAACUGUUCCACCAGAGCCUGAUCGUCCUGUAUUCGAUAUAGGAGCUUGUGUACCUCCUAAACCUGAACAUGGUGCAUUGCAACGACGAUUAAAACAAUUGGAUAGUGGCAAUGAUAGUGGAGGUCCUAGACUUCGUAUGGACUUAGGUACAGUAGGUCCUUCUACGAAUGAUCCUCAGCCAUCGCGAGGAACACUCAUCAGUUCCAUGUUUUUUGCUCGUAAAGGAGGGUUACUUUAAAAUAAUAGUAUUUAUUAUGAGUUCGACUUAAAUGUACCAUGGUGCAAUGUUAGUGAAUAAUUUUAUUUUUAACACUAGAAAACCAGAAUUAAUCAAAUUUAUUUGACUAAAUUCAAACAUUUUC